AGCGGAAUCGUGACGUGACUUCCUUCCGUGCAUCAUCAAGCCAAGCCGACAUUAGCAUUCAUUUUAAAUCAAUCUACUGACAAACUUAGACGUGUAAUUUAAGUUGUUUUUUUCGGCUCUACAAUCGAAGGAAUUGUAAAAUAGUUAAUUAAAGUUCUUUGUGAUUGUUUGGUAAAUUGAUAAAUACAGAAAAAUGGGAAAUAAGAAUCAAGACAGUGACAAUGAAAAUGGAUACGAAAAUGGAAAUGGAAAAGGAGAUGAUGAGUAUCCACGUGAACCAGAGCCAAUCCGAAAAUUGUUUAUCGGUGGAUUGGACUACCGCACCACUGACGACUCGUUGAAGUCACAUUUCGAACAAUUCGGCACCGUUGUCGACGUGGUCGUCAUGAAAGAUCCGAAAACUAAGCGGUCACGUGGUUUCGGUUUCAUAACCUACUCGCGAUCGUUUAUGGUUGAUAAGGCACAAGCCGCUCGACCGCACCGUGUCGACGGACGCGUUGUUGAACCGAAACGAGCCGUACCACGACAAGAUAUCCAUCGUCCCGAAGCCGGAGCGUCUGUGAAGAAAUUAUUUGUUGGUGGCAUCAAGGACGAGCAUGAAGACGACGAUUUGAGACAGUACUUUAGCAAAUUCGGAAACGUGACAACGGUUAACAUUGUCAACGAUAAAGAUAAUGGCAAACGGCGUGGAUUUGCUUUCGUCGAAUUCGAUGACUACGAUCCCGUCGACAAAGUUGUGUUACAAAAAACCCACAGCGUGAAAGGCAAAACCCUCGAUGUGAAAAAAGCAUUAUCCAAAAUUGAAAUGGAUCGUGUGAACAGUUCUCGAGGUGGUGGUGGUGGACGCGACGGUGGCGGACGAGAUGGAGGAAUGGGAAUGGGACGAGGAGGCCGUGGUGGUAACGAUUACAAUAAUAGCGGUGGUGGAAGCUGGGGAAAUAACCGCUCGAACAAUGGCAACAAUUGGAAUAAUGGCGGUGGUUUCGGUGGAGGUGGAAACGGUGGAUUCGACAACGGUGGCAAUUGGGGUGGAAACAAUCAGCCAUGGAACGGUGGUAGUGGAGGAGGCAAUUGGGGAAAUGGGGGUGGAUUCGGUAAUAACGGAGGUGGAUUCGGUAACAAUGGCGGAGGAUUCGGAAAUAAUGGUGGCGGAAACUGGGGAAGCAACAGUGACAGUGGAAGCUAUGCAAAUGGUGGUGGCGGCGGUGGUGGUUUCGGCGGUGGUGCAAUGAGAAAUAAUUUCGGUGGAAAUCAACGAAUGAAUCCAUACGGUAGUGGAGGAAACUCUGGCGGUGGAUACGGAGGCGGCAAUCAAGGAGGUGGUGGUGGUGGAUUCGGUGGCGGCAGUGGAAACAAUUUCAAUCAAGGCGGCGGAAACACAGUGGGAGGCGGCAGAGGCCGAUUUUAAGGUCAGAGCAAUCUCACAAAAUUCUGUAAAUACCAUUACCAAAUCAUAGAGGAAGAGAGAAAUAGACAGGUCAUAAAUUUAUUUUAAAAAAAUACAGAGAAUGAGUAGCGGACAGAGAGAGUGAGAGAGAAAGGAGAAAAUAAUUUAUGAAUCCCCGAGGAAGAAGUAAAACGAAGAAAAAAACAAACAAAAAAGAUAAAACAGGCAGAAAAACUAUAAAUUAUUUAAGAUGAGAGAUGACAAACAAACAAAAAGAAAAAUGAGAGCCAGACAAGGAGAUAAGAAUUUAUUUAAUUUAUGUAGCUACUUGUUCAGUAAUAAAAUUCACUUUAGAUAAUUUACUUUGAUAAACAACAAAAGCAUUUUGCAUUUUUCAAAGAGCCAAUCUUUGAAAAAACAAAAUCGAAAAUAAUUUAAAGCAAAAAAAACAUUUUUUUUUAACAAAGACAAAACCCUAUCCUCCCGCUCGAUUGAAAAUCCACCGUUGCUAUUUAUUAGAAUAUUUAAAAGUUUAUUUAAAAAAUAAAACCAAUAUCAACCAAAACGGCAACAACAACACAAUGAGUAUCAAAAACUAACAAACAAAUUUAUUCACACUAAUAAUUUUAGAUAAACAAAAAAAUCAUCAUUUAUGUGUAGUAUUUAAGAGUCGUUUAUAAAUAAAAUUCCGCAAAACAAAAUUAUUUUCAAAUUAUUUAGCUCAGAUUAGAUCAAACGAGAACUUACUCUUUUUUUAGCAAUAUCACUCCCCUUCAAUUUUUUCGUUUUUCUUUCUCGAAAAGCGUAACCGACAUUCUUGUUAGAGGAGAGAGCAUGAGAGAGAGAGAGAGCAGAACAGUAAAUUUAUUGAGCAGAGAUGCGAGAAGAAAUGUAAUUUUUAUAAAAGAAAAAUGUAUUCAGAGAGACACGCAAGCGGUAAUUUGUACUUCAAUUUCUACAUUUUCCAUUGUUGGGAGGACAUAUAAGCAUAAAGUUUACUCAAUUUGUAUGAAUCCGAUUUAUUUAUACAAAUUGUUGAGUCAAAUAAUCCGGACCAAACUCCCACCCGGCAAGAUACGUCUCUUUUCAUAAUAUAUUUUCGAUAUAAAUUAUUUUCUGUGUG